GUUCAUAGGCACCUGGCCCAUCAACAGAAUCAGAACCAUCAGUUAUAACUGCUGGAACUAGUGGUCCUAGUUGUUCCUCUCUAGAUACUACAACUCAUAGUAAUAAUAGCCAGAGAAAGCGGAAAGCUGAUUUAUUAGUUACAUCAUAUAUGAAAAGAUCAAAAUCAUUUAUGCCUCGUGAAGAAAAUAGAAGAGAAACUGAGUAUGAAGCUCCUACUUCUUCUCAACGUGAUUCAGAAGUGAGCAAUUCAUAUACAAGUGGAGAAAAUAAUCUACAAGAUAAUAAAGAAGUUGAUGCUGAAACUGAUAUGGAGGUAACCAGUGAAGCAACACUUGAAAAUAAUGAAGUAGAUUUAGCUAGUCAAGAAUGCACUGCUGAUACAAAUAAUAUGAAUGAAACUUCAGAUGCACAAAAUGGAAGAGAACAAAUGACAACUGGGGAAAAUACACCAGAACAUUCUUCAUCAAAUGCUGAAGCAACAGCAAUGGCAAUUGUUGAUGAAGAAGUAGAAGAAGUACCAGAAGAUAUAAGUUUUCAAGAAAACCAACCAGCACCAGUUUCUUCUGCUAGUUGUGAAGAAAGAAAAAUUAGUGACAAUGUUACGUCUGAUGCUGAGUCAAGAUUAGAUGACAGUGACUUUACACCUACCGAAAUACAGUCUGGAACUUCAAGUGAUACAAAUGAUGCAAUUGGGGUUUCACAAUCUACUGAAGCAGCUGAAACAGAUAUACUAGCUGAAACUGAUAUAUUAGAUUCAGAACAAGAACCGAUUGAAGUUUUGUCUUCUGAAGAAGAAGGAGAUGUAAUUGAAAUUAAAUCAACUCAAGAUGUAGAAGUAGAAAUUGCUGAAACACAUAAUGAACCUGAUGUUAUAUCUAUUAGUUCUUCACCUAGUAAAGAAAGUGAAGCUGUCUGUGAAGAAUCUCCUAUUGCGGGACCAAGUAGAAUGACUGAUUCAACACAAAGUGAACGCAAACCUAUUACUUGGAAUGAAUCACCUUGAUUGAAAAUAAUCUGAUUGAUUUUACACUUAAAAAAUAAUUACUAAUUUCUAUUGUAACCUAUGUUAAACUUUUUAACACGUCCUUAUAAAAAAAAAUGACUGUAAUUCAAUUUUUGUUGAAUUUGUUUACUGUAAAUUACUGUAAACUUAAAUAAAAAUACAAUUUUUAUAUUAUAAUA